GAAGCUUUCUGCUUCUAUUCUGCUUCUAUUCUAAAUUUUCUGCUCUUUGAGGCUUUGUCACUUUCUCGGAGUUCUCAAAGGGAGUGGUUUGCUUUUUUUCUGCUUCUUUCGCUGAAAUGAGCACAGCAAAACCUUACUGCAAAACUUGCAAAUUAAUAUGUAGAUUUGUCAAGCUAAUGUGGCUUCUAAGCUAAUGGUCGUCAGCAUGGACUGUGAGCCUUUCUUAAAGACUUCUUUGAAUUAGAAAUACAAGCUCGCUCUUAAACUCCUGUUACAGUUAAGCCACGCUUGUAAAGGGCCUAACACUAGCAGAUCACCAGAAAUGUAUGUUUAUGUUGUUGACAGCCCACCCUUAAAGGGAAGGAAGAUGGGUCCUCACAGUGUUGGUAUUUUUAUUGAGAUACGAGGUCAUUCAAGGGGUUUACUUGGCUUGUCUUCAAGAAAAAUGAAAUAAAAAAUAGAUGUAGAACUGGUAGUUUUUCAUUGUAAGGUGAUCUUAAUUUAGAAGAAUGAGUUAAUGAAAUUCAGGUUUCAGGUAGCUCUGAAAAAACUGUCGUCUGAGUGACAGAAGAAUGAUUUUACCUUUUCUGUGUUACACUGGAUGUUCUCACUAGUACUUGCUUUUAUUUACUGGAAAAACACAGGACAAGUGACACUGUGUGUGGCAGGAAGCACCAGCUAGGUCAGGUUGCACCGAAGGUUUUUUUGCUUGUUUUUCUUUAUUUCUUUGGAUUUUUCUGUCAGAUGUAGUACACUGUCUGGCUAUACAAGAAAAAGACAUACAUUAGUGUAGAUGAUAAAAUACAAGUCUACUUUAAACCAGAAAUGUUUUAGUGUACAGUCUCUGCUUUUCUUUGUCUUUUGCAUUCUGAAACUUAUGUCUUAGUGUGGAGGAAAAAAAAGCCUGUGUUGGAUAAUUACCAUUUUCUGUAAAGUCAUUUGCCUUGUCUGUCCUAAGUAGUCUGAAAAUUUUAUUUUUUUAAAUCUGAGUACUUCAACACAUCUGGUUCAUUACUGAAUAUAGCAAAGACUGUAUGCUAGACAUGUCUGUUUCAUUACAGUAUUAUGUAAAAUAAAAAGCACUGACACCUCUUUUUCAAGUUAGGUCUUGCUCAGAUCCUUUGUUUUUUUAAAUACACAGAGGAGAAGAAUGUGUUUUUACCAGUGUUCCACUGAUGACACUUACUUCCUCCCAUGGUGGAUGAGUUUGUCUGGAUUGAAGAAGAUGCACUACUCGUGCCCCAUAGUUGUUUGGUUUUUUUUCUUCAUUUAGUUCUGGCUUUGAAGCAAAAGUCGUUUGUAUGCAAUGCAGACAGGGAUGAAGAUUGACAGUAAAACGCCGGAAUGCCGUAAAUUUUUAUCCAAACUUAUGGAUCAGUUGGAAGCUAUGAAAAAGCAAUUUGGUGAUAAUGAGGCAAUUACUCAGGAAAUUGUUGGCUCUGCUCAUGUGGAGAAUUAUGCCUUGAAAAUGUUUUUGUAUGCAGACAAUGAAGACAGAGCUGGGCAAUUUCAUAAAAACAUGAUAAAGUCCUUUUAUACUGCAAGUCUCCUGAUAGAUGUUCUAACGGUAUUUGGGGAGCUCUCUGAGGAGAAUGCCCAGCACAGGAAGUACGCCAGGUGGAAGGCAGCAUACAUUCAUAACUGCUUAAAGAAUGGAGAGACUCCUCAGCCUGGCCCCAUUGGAAUGGAAGGAGAGAGUUUUGCAGAUGCUGAAAGGGAAGAAGCGGGGUCAUCUUCUGUCCAUAGUGGAACAGCUUCAUCAUCAUCAUCAUCUACAUAUGAAGCUAACAACAUACCAACUAGUAAUUACACUGGCAUCCAUAUACCACCAGGUGCCCAUGCACCUGCCAACACACCAGCUGAAGUACCUCAUAACACAGGAGUGACAAGUAACACCAUUCAGCCUGCUCCUCAGAAUAUUCCUCUGGUUGAUCCUUCCCUUUACAGUGCUCAGUCUGCAGGAGAAGUCCGCUUGACUCCAGAGGACUUUGCCAGAGCUCAAAAAUAUUGCAAAUAUGCUGGCAGUGCGUUGCAGUAUGAAGAUGUGAGCACUGCUGUGCAAAAUCUACAGAAGGCCCUCAAGUUACUCAUUACAGGCAGAGAAUGAAGCUUUAAUCCAACAGAUUCAUGUCUUUCACCUAAAGAACUAACAGUUUAUUACUGUACCUGUUAGGGAAGUGGCGUUACACAGAAAUUCUCAAUCCUAUCACUCAUGACUAUGAAACCACUGUUUCAGUUCCAGAUUAGCAGUUAAUGGUACAGUAGGAAUCUCUGUUUUCAUUUUAAAGACAGUGGAGCUUGAAACAUGAAUGCAGUGGCUUGAUGUAUGCAAAAUAUUACAGAAACUACUGUGAACACCACUCAAGAGUUAGCAUUCAUUUGCAGUAUUUGAAUUAUCAGAAUUGGAAAACGCUCACUGUAAAAAACUUGAGAAUUAGGAUGUUUUGUUAAAAUUCUUACUCCUGUUUUAUUAUUGCAAACAAUUAUUUAAUAGGUAUAAUAGCUUUAAAAUGGUAACUAAGAUUAGUGCUUUCCUCCUGAAAUGAGAGGCUGAAUGUGAGAAGGCUGACAGGUCCACACUGGGAAGGACUUUUCUAUAAGUAAAUUACUUCAGUAUUUGUAUUAUCUGAGACAUAAGUCUAAGCUGAGGGAGUCUUGAGGACAUUUGUAUUUCGUUUGAAAAUGUUCUGGAAAAAACUUCUCUUGAUACUUCAGAGGGAAUAAUUUUGAUGGUGUUCCAAUUUAAUCCCCCACAGGGGUAUGGACUACUACAUGUAUUCUUGAUUAUUGGUUCUUGCUCCUUCUGUGUGAGCACUUAAAAUUUUAUAUAUCUGUAUGGGUAAUUAAGAGAAAAUACUAAUAUUUAUCAACAAUGAUCCCAAAACUGGACGCAGAGAUUCUAAAUAAUUGGAGCUUUCAGGAAGAAUUACUGAAAGAACAAAACUGUUCCAUCUUUUUAAGAGGCUGGAUAAAAGCUCGUUUUUCAGCCAUGAAAACACUAUAGGUUUGUCUCUGUUAUUAGUGUCAUAGAGCUUUGUAUUUCCAACUAAUACUUUUCCUGUCUGCUUUGUUGUGAAGACUUUUGGACUUGGGAUUCAAUUAAAAUACCUUGGAAACUGAAUUUUGAGUCUUUAUGAGGUCUACCACUGCAAUUAUAGAGCUCUUUUUUGUUAAAAAUCCCCCCAUGCUGUUUAAAAGAAAGAAUACACAGUCUUUUAACUGGCGUGACGUAAUAAUUGAGUACACCAUAAAGCACGUCUGAUAUAUGUAAUAAUUUUAAUGACAUUUUAUCUGAUCUUUCUGUCUUUCCAAGCUGCUGGAUCAAAUCCAUGUUAUUUAUAGCUGCACUGCUUUGGAGUGACUAAAAUGAGUCUUAUAUUCAAAGCAAAAAGAAAGGAAAAGAAAAUAAAAGAAACAUAAGCAUGCAUUAAAGUUUAGCUGGUUGUAUCCCUUAAAGUGUGUAGUGUCUUUGACAGCAGAUUUCACACAGAUAAUAUGAAACUUAAAAACCUAUGCUUAAGCACUUUAGUUGACUGAGACUUAAAAGAUAAAAAUGUGGUAUUUUUUGUGUUGCUUUCUGAUAUGGUAGAGCAUGCUAAUCUGGACAGUGACUUGGGUUAGAUUAUUGUCAUUUGGGGAAAUUCAGAAUGAAACUAUGUGAAACUUUUUUGACAGUAAUGCUGUACAGACCUGAGCAGUAAGUAUAUUUUGUACAGUGUUUCGUCCAAGAUAGAUCUCUCACUUCAGUAUCACACUGAAUUACUGCCAAGUCUUCUGCAUAUAUAGUUGUUGGUUUACACUCUAGCAUUGCUAUAAAAUAGUCAGAAGUUUCUUUCAUUUCAGGAUCAUACUACUGUUUUUAAAACCAGCUUCAGUCAUCAGAAGUUGUAGUAAAAUAUUCAGUUUUCCUAUUUCUAUUUAUAAAAUAAUAAAAAGAACUUUGAGGCUUUUGUAUUACAUGCAAAAAUAAGUAAGCUAUGAUAUAAUGUUGUAUUGAUUUGAAGCUUUUCAAUUAAAGUUGUUGGGUUUUUUUGUAAUUGAAUUAUCUGAAAUGGAAUACGUAACUAUGCUUGAAAAUGAAAAUUUAAGUAUUUCUUAAAGUGUAUAAAAUAUUUUCUGUUGGCCAUGAUUAUAUUGUACCUUUUGGUUCCUCUAUGAAACCAGGGAAUCAUCAGUAAAAAAGUGAUAAGCAAUGUAAAAGCCAUAA